AUGUCUGGAAGCACACAUCACACCACUCUCUAUCUGAUAGAUUUUGAUCAUUGCAUUUCUCAUCAAGUCAAACUUUUAAUCCGAAAAUUUCAAACUCAACAAAAAGGAUUUCUUCUUUAUCUCGAAAACAGACGUUUACAUUUUGAGAACCCAGACAGAUUCAAAUUUUUGCCUCUCGAAUUUACUGAUGAUAAAGAAGUUUUUGAGUUUGUAAUUUCUAAUGGCAAGAAAAAUCCAAUAGCACAAAAGUUUUUUUAUUGGUAUUUAGAAUAUAACCUCAGAUUGGAAUAUUAUUUUCAGCUAUGUGAAGAUUCACCUUUUCAUGUUAAAAACAAUCCACAAAUUGUGAAAGAUUGUUGUAUGAUUUUUCCAAACAUGUUUCAAUUUGCGUCAAAAGAAUUGAGAAAUAAUAGAGAAUUCGUCCUUUCUAAUAUUGAGCCUUACCAAGUAAAAAUCGGAGAGACAUUACUACCCUAUUUAGAUGAAUUGGCAAGUGAUAGAUUGUUUUUCACGCAUAAAGAGAUGAUAGCAAGAAUGAAUUCGACCGAUCUAAAACACCUUUUACCCAAAGAAUUUCAUAAUGACAUUGAAAUUUUGAAACAUUUCUCAUGUCUAGAAUCAUUCCCUGAUGAGCUAAAAUCCAAUAGAGAAUUGGUUUUGAAUUGUGUGAAAAAAAAUCGAUAUCAAUUUAAAUAUGCAACCGAUGAUCUGAAGCAAGAUGUUGACUUUAUUUUGGAAUGUUCUUUAUUUGCAAAUAUUAUUGAAUUUAUCAAACCUGAAUUCCGAAAUCAUAGAGAAAUUGUAAAAAGAUCAAUAUUAAUCCAUGGAAGUGCAAUGAUGUAUGCAUCUGAAGAGUUAAAGAAUGAUGAUCUAUUUGUUAGAGAGAUGUUACAAUUGGCCGUCAAUGGAAUAGAGUAUAUUUUUCCAAAGAUGAAAGAGGAUAGUAUUGACAGAGAUUUGGUUUUGCAAACUGUGAGAAAAUCAGGGGGCGUGCUUUGUUAUUGUCCCUAUAUUUACAGAAAUGAUUAUGAAAUUGUAUGGGAAGCCAUAUCAAAUUUUCCUUCAGCUUUGGAAGCUGCAUCUGAUGUGUUGAUUAAUGACAAAUCUAUCGUAACACAUGCUGUAAAGAAAGAGUGUAAGGCUUUCCUAUUUGCCUCUAAUGAGUUACAACAUGACAAAGAAUUUAUUGAAUCCCUUUUGGAAAAUAACAAUAAUUGUCAGAAUUUUAUGAGACUCUUAGAUCCAACUCUGAAGAGAGACAAGCAAUUCAUUAUUCGAUUAUUGAAAAAUGAUUCAAUUUUAAAAAGUGUUCUUAUUGAGGCAAGCGAACUAAAGAACGAUAUUGAGGUUGUUGAGGCAGCAGUCAAAUAUAAAGGGUCUUUUUUUGGAGCUUCAGAUAGGUUGACCAAUGACGAAAGGCUAUGGAAAGUCCGUAAUCCAAAUGUGAAAAUUGGAAGAGAAGAAAUGAAUUUUUUAAUUUUAAAAAAUCGAAAUAUUGUAAUGGAAUUGGUUAAAAAGAAUGGAUUUUUAUUAUAUCAUGCUCCAUUGCAUCGUAAAGAUGAAACAAUAAGCGAAAUUGCUGCUAAACAGAACGGAUUUUGCUUUUUUCCUAAACGAGAAAAGUUUGAAAAACUCAGAAAAAUCAGAAUGACUGAAACCUAUUUCGAUUGUAAAAUACCAAACCAUUUCUUAAUACCAUUAGUUGAAAAAUAA